AGAAGAAAACAAAACAAAUUCCAAAUGCAUUUAUUCAUUAUGUAAAAAUAUUUUUAAUAAUAUAUGUAUAUUAAUGUAUAUAUAGCCCAAAACAACAACUAUUGUUGAUAUUUCUAUAGAGUAAAAGGAGAAGGAUGAGUGCCCCUAGUGGACAGACUGUGGUAUUAAUUCUGAUGUAUAAUUAUUUUCUUUUCACAUAUAAAACACGUGUUUAGUUUUGUGAAUCUUCGUGGACUGGAGUAUACGGGCCGCUGCUGCCUUCUUGUGGACAAAUUGAAAGACUACUCUUUUAUUUUCUGUAAAUUAUUAACAUGAUUACAUUCAAAGCCUUUUCAGGGAAGGAUUUUGUUUUAAAUACCUCGAAGCUAUUUUUUUAUUAAAACUUUCUAAUAAUAAUUAAAUUCUAGAAACGACUAGACCGGAGGGUCCAGAACCGAGGCUAACGGCGUGUUAUCGACCAGGAUCCCGUAACCCGAGCUGCAGUUUUAGUACUUACGACAGUUUGGCUCAAAAUACGAUCACUGUGAAGCGACAGUAACAAUGACUGUGAAUUGUGAAUAAUUUCCCAUCUGGCAGCGCUCCAGCGACGUCUCGUGUGGGGGUGUCAUGGCGGACGAAGUGAAAUAGUCCGCGUUACAUGUUUUGACAGAACACUGGAGUUUACCGGCGGUAAAGAGCUAUUCUUGUGUUGACGGUUUUAUGGAGGAUAAAGAGAAUAAUUCAGCAGGAACCAGGAAUGGUCAGCUGUGGUUCUUCACUCAGGUCCGACUGGCUCUGGCCCUAGUCAUCAUCAGGAACAAACCUGCAGCGAUGAACGCCCGCAGCUACACUGAGGCUCUGGCCCAAAACCUGCAGACGCAGGAGCAGAGCUGGAGGGAGAAGGCUGAGGGUCUGCAACAGGAAGUGCUGAGGCUGCGACAGGAAGUGGUCCUGGCCCAAGUGGGCACAGUUCCAAACAGCAACAGCAGCACGGAGCAGGGUCCGGACGACGCAGAGGAAAGAUUCUCACAGGAUCUGUUUGCACCGUCAGAUCCUCCACCUGACAGUGACUCCCUCACCCCUGACCUCCUGCUUCCUGACUCUCAGCCCCUGGCGCCCUCCUACCGCCCCUCCCAGGUUCCUCUGGACUCCUCCCUCUAUGGUCACGUGAACUUCCUCCAAACUCUGUGCUCCCUGCAGCGGGUCAAAGGUGACAGCAGAGGCCUGGAGGUUCUGUGGCUCAGCCCUGGUGGUGGCAGUGGGCACGGCGCCUCCUCGGUGUUGGUGGAGUCAGUGUGUCAGCUCCUGGAGGCAGUGGUGGGGGUCUGCACACACCCCGGCCCCCACUCCCCUACACCGCAUGUUGUGGAGGCCUGUGACACCGCAGUCCGGACCAUGGACCUGCUCUGCUUUCUGAAGCUGCCGUCCGUGGAGGUCAGGAAGCAGGUGGAGAAGACGCUGACGGAGCUGACGCAGGCACUGCUGAUGCUGCAGGGAGACCAGCCCAGACAGACUUCAGAGCAGCUGGUCCAGUGUCUGCUGACCCUGGGCCAAAGCAACAUGUCCAGGUCCUUCCUCAUUGGUCACCUCCUGUCACAGAUCAGCACUGAGGCCAAUCAGCUCUGGACCAUCUCCCAGCAGGACCUGGACCAGAGGCAGCAUCAGAACCAGAACCCUUCCCCAGCCUUAUUUCGCUUGGACCAGUACCAAAACUCCUGUCAGUUGUUCUGGAUUGUGGAGCAGCUCCUAGGUUCCUCGUCCAUCAGGGUGGAGGUGGAUCUGGAACAGACGGGCUUCGGACGUCACCUGGAUCGUCAGGUCUUUCUGAUGUCAGAUGAGUUUCCUCUGUUUUCUAUCUACAUGUGGAGGAUCGGGGGUCUGCUCAGGUCGUCGCACACAGAGAAGGGGUCUAAUGUUCUCUGAACACAACAGGACGCCAGAGAACGAGGGCACAUUUUAGAUAAAAAGCUUUGAUUUAUGAUCAUCAACUAUAGUUGACAAAACAAGUGUCCUGUCGGUUGAUAGAGGAAUGUUGCAUUAUGGUUCAAAUGUGAUCAAGUUGGACAGUGUAGCAUCAAACUUGUUAGCAACAUGAGCUACCUUCUCAGUCUGGUCUUUCCUGAAGAUUGACUAAAUUAAAGGACAGAUUAUUUUUAGCCUCUUUUUAUUCAGCUGUAUUAGUAAUGACCUGCAGGUGGCACCAGACAGUAGUAACAGCAGUAAUAACAACAGUAUUAACAGCAGUAGUAACAGUAGUAGUAACAGCAGUAGUAAUAACGGCAGUAAUAACAGCAGUAGUAACAGCAGUAAUAAUAACAGUAGUAACAGCAGUAGUAAUAACAGCAGUAAACACAGUAGUAAUAACAGCAGUAAUAACAAGAGUAUUAACAGCUGUUGUAACAGUAGUAGUAACAGCAGUAAUAACAGUAGUAACAGCAGUACUAACAGCAGUAAUAACAGUAGUAAUAACAGCAGUAGUAACAGUUAUCCUGUCACGUUCCAGCUCCACGUCAACAGAAAUCCCUUUGUUUCACUGAAACAAUGAGUUUUUUGAAAGUCUGACUGAAGGAGACACUGGAGCAGCUGGACACACACACACACACACACACCCAGUGAAACUGUUGCCGUGGUGAUGGACGGCCUGUUCUUCUCAGCUGAGAUUGAAGAGCAGCUGACGUCACUGGGUCUUCUGACCCUGGUCAGGUUUAGACCAGAUCUUCUCCCGUCUGUUGGUCUUUCUGUCAUGUUUGACUUUCAGCUACUUAUAAACUAAUGUUAUCGUUUUAGCUUCAUUUCUAUGCCUUUGGUAGCUAACUGUUAGCAUGGCUAACUGUGUGCUAAAAUAAAUAGCACUG